AUGUGGCAACUGAUUCAUCUCUUUGAAAUUGAGGAUAUAUUGGAUUCCGAAGUGCAAGCUCCUCUUUCCUCCGUGAGGGAAGAGAAAUCGAUGAAUGCACCAGAAAUGGGCACCCAGACGACAGAAGAGAUAAUUUUAGGUGAGUCUUGUAGUGAGGAUUUACAAGAUGUGAGCAAUGCAAGUCCACACCAUCUUGACCCAAUGAUCGAAAAAGAAGUUCACAAGGAAACAACCUCCGAUCAAAGUGCACUUCAAGAGAGUGAAAAGACUGACUUGUUGUUGAAGAAUGCCAUGUGCGACCAGACCACAGUGGAAAAUCAUACAGAUACCUUUGAUUUACAAUCAACCUUAGAGUUGGUACCGUACAAUAUUGAUUGUUUUUCAGAAAACCUUGACCAAAAUUCAAAAGAGGAGCCCACAACUGAUAAUGAGACGUCGUUUAUACCAACAGAAGAGAAACAUUUGGAAAUGCCCGUAUCACCACCUCCAUUAAUGAUUGCCAAUAAGGAGGAUGAGCAAAACGAAGAAGAUUCAAUAGAGGUAUUGUCAAAAGAAAACGUUCCUGAGAUAAUUUCCCGCAGAACAGGAGACUCAUUUGAUGUUGACAGGAGCGACCAAAAAGAAGAGUCCUUUGAGGUUGGAAUCUCAAAAGAUAAGAAUGAGCAAGCUGAGGAUCGAGUGGAGUCACCCCACCCAACAAGCAAUAGUCAAAAGCAACACAAAGCUCCCAUUAAAAGAAGAAAGGAAAUAGACGCUAUGUGA